GCAUAUAUAUCUGUAUCAUUUAUCAAAGUUCGGAUACCUUUUCAGUAUUCAUUAUGUUGCAGAAUAGUGGAAACAUUUCAACUUUCUAUUUCUUCAUCUGAUAAUUAUCACACAGUGUGUUCUCUUUUUCAGACAUUCAUGGCUUCUUCUUCCUCUAUUGCGAGUAAUUCACAGUACCGUCCUCGAUGGAAGUAUGUUGUGUUUCUAAGUUUUAGAGGUAUAGAUACUCGUAACACAUUUACAUGUCACUUGUAUGAAGGUUUGGAAAACCGGGGAAUAAACACCUUUCAAGAUGAUAAAAGGAUAGAGGAUGGUGAAUCAAUUCCAGAAGAACUCCCUAAAGCUAUCGAAGAGUCUCAAUUUGCACUCGUUGUUUUCUCAAAGAAUUUUGCUACGUCGAGGUGGUGCUUGAAUGAAGUAGUGAAGAUCAUGGAAUGUAAUAAACAAGAAAAUGUACAAACAGUCAUACCGAUCUUCUAUGAUGUGGAUCCAUCACAUGUUCGAAAUCAAACUGGGGACUUUGCAAAAGCAUUUGAGGAAUAUGAACUAAAGUAUAAGGAUGAUGUUGAGGGGAUGCAGAAGGUUCAACAAUGGAGAACUGCUCUAACUGCUGCUGCAAAUCUAAAAGGACCUGAUAUCCGUGGCAA